GGCUCAUACUUCAUUCUUUCUCCUCCCACACCAAAAUCUCCCCUGCAUUUUAAUAAGACAAGACGUACCAGAAAUAGAAAGAAGCAGAGAACAUUAAAAAAAAAAAACAAGAGAGAGAGAGAGAGAUGAGCGAGAGAGAUCCUAACCGCAAGCGUGAUGCGAAAGAGCUCGAAGCUUCAAGCGCAAGCGUCUCCCUACUCAAGAAGAAGAAGAAGCUCGAUGAUGAUUCGUCAACGGACUACUCUCAUGGCGUCGUCUUGGCGAUUCCUUCUCCUUCCGUUGCUUCAUCGGAUGAUUCAUCUCGAGGCGGAUGCUCUGAUAACUCCGCCGGAGAAGACGAUGACAAGAGCUCGAUCAUCUGUUUGAGUACUGAAUCGAAGAGGAGCACUCCGACUGUUGCCGUAGAUCUACAGGCUCAUCAAAUCUCCGAUACGGAAACUUCAACAUCUAUCACCAGCAGAAAAGCGGUAAAUCCAGUGAGUGAAGAAGCUUUGGGAGAAACAACAGAGAUGGAGUCCUCAUCAUCAUCGGCGCAAAAAGUGAGUAAGAGUCCGACGCCGGGAGAUAUUGAAGAGUUCUUAUCGGAGCUGGAGAAUAAAGAUCAGAAACGAUUCAUUGAGAAGUACAACUUCGAUAUCGUUAAUGACAAACCGCUCCAAGGUCGCUACAAGUGGGGAUCGAUUUAAGGGCCAUGAAAGGAAUUAAAAUAGCAUGCGGAAGAAGAUAGCUUCUUUUUCUCCUAAUUACAUUCCACUUGUACAGCUUUCUUUUUCUCUAAUCAGUUUAGCCUAUGUUAGUUGUACAAACAAAUGAAAAAAAUACAAGCUUUAUGUCGAGAUUUAUGAUCUGAUUAAGUAAUCUCUAUGGGUUUUGAUCUUGUGGGGUUUAUCAGGUUUAUUUUAAAUGCAUGAAUAUGGAAAGGUUGUUCUUGUUUGGAUUUUAAAACAUUGGAUGCUUAUUACAAAUUUUUAUUUGUUUCUUGUCCUUA